AUGCUAGCACACGUGCUCACGUUGGUGCCACGCCUGCCAAGGGCACCUAUGCACGUGUUCACGUCGGCGCCAUGCUUGCCAAAGGCGCCCCACACCUCGCCUGUUAAGGACGUUUGGGCCCAUGCUCACCAUCGAACCUCAUCUACCAAGGGUGCUCACGCACAGUGCCUCGUACCUUGCUUGCCAAGGAAGCCCCAUGCUCAUUUUAGCGUCUCGCCUCCCAAGGGUGCUUGUUUCGUGCUCCCCAUACCUUGCAUGCUAAGGGCGCCCCACACCUCGCCUGCCAAGGGCAACCGGGGCCGUUCUCACCUCGGCCCGUCACUUGUCAAGGGCGCCUGGGCCCAGCGCCCCGCACCUCACCUCCCAAUGGGGCCCGCUCAGUGCUACCCACACCUUGCCUACGAAGGGCAUCCGUGCUCAUGCUCACCUCAGUGCCUCGCCUGCCUCCUCUCCCGCCUUGUUGCUUGUCUCAUCUUCUGCCUUAACGUUUGCCUCGCUAGUCUGGGUGUGCCAUCAGCCUUGACGUCGCCUGCUACAUCGCGUCGGUCCAGUAGCACCCCUGAUGCCCAAACACCCUCCAAGGCGCCCUCGCCUCAUGCAUCAUCUCUUCCUGCACCGGAUUCCCAUGCUCAGCUGGCUCUAUCCCACUGGUGCCCUCUGACUUUGGGUGAAGGAUUGGACUGGUCCCUUAUACUUGAGUUUGAUGAAGCCCACCCCUCUGGUUUUGAUGAAGCCUUUAUACAUGGGUUUGAGGGAGUGUUUAAAUCCCGGGUCUGA